CCUGCCAUCACUUUCUUGCAUUCCCACGCUUCGGUGAAAUCCAAACCACCCCAAACCAUCUACCCCCAACACUGAAUCCUUUCCUUGAUCCUUCUUUUUACUUCCUCGCCUAUCCCUUCAACUACAAAUUCUGACCGCCCCCAAGAUACGCACAAUGCCCGACAAGAAGAAAAGCAAAAAGCCCUCCUCCGGCGGCGGCGCUGGCGGAGAUGCCCCGGUUAUCACCGACCCCCGCUUCGCCAACAUCCAGAACGACCCGCGGUACCGCCUCCCCAGCAAACGGCACACGCACGUGAAGCUCGACAAGCGGUUCGCGCACAUGCUGCGCGACAAGGACUUCUCGCGCAACGCGGCGGUGGAUCGGUACGGGCGGAAGCUGGCCCGGGAUGAUACGAAGAAGCAACUGGAGCGAUUUUAUCGGUUGGAGGAGGAGGGUGAUGAUGAUGCCGCCAGUGAAGGGGAAGAGGUGGAGGGCAGUGUGGCGGAUGAUGAGGAGGUUUUGGCGGAGCUGCGGCGGGCGGAGAAGUAUGAUCCCGCUCGCGAUGGGGGGUUCGAGUCUUCGUCUUCGGAGGAGGAGAGCUCGGAUGAGGAGGAGGACAUUGAAGAUGAGGGUGAGGGUGAGGACGAUGAGAGGCUCGGGGGUGAGGAGUUGGAGUUCCCGGAUAAGCAGCAGCGCGAUGUGCCCACUGGGGAGGUCACGGAUCGCAUUGCGGUGGUUAAUCUGGACUGGGAUAAUAUCCGCGCCGAGGAUCUGAUGGCUGUGUUUUCGAGCUUCGUGCCUGCUGGUGGUCGCGUGUUGAAGGUCUCGGUUUAUCCGAGUGAGUUUGGCAAGGAGCGCAUGGAGCGCGAGGAGAUGGAGGGGCCCCCCAAGGAGAUCUUUGCGAGUUCUUCGAAGAAGGGGGGGGAUGGUGAUGAUGAUGACGAAGAUUUUGAGGGGUUCGAUGAUGACGAGGAGGAGGAGGAGGAGGAGGAGUUUGAUUCGGAUGAGGAGGAGGAGAAGAUCAAGAAGUCCAUGCUCAAGGAGGAUAAGGGCGAGGAGUUCAACUCUACCAAGCUCCGCAAGUACCAGCUCGAGCGUCUACGCUACUUCUACGCUAUCUUGACCUUCUCCUCCAGGGAGGUCGCCAAGCAUGUCUACGACCUCGUCGAUGGCGCCGAGUAUCUGUCUAGUGCCAACUUCUUCGACCUCCGCUUCGUGCCGGACGAGACCGACUUCGACGACGACAGACCCCGCGACGAGUGCAAGCGCAUCCCCGACGGUUACCAGCCCAACGAGUUCGUCACCGACGCCCUGCAGCACAGCAAGGUCAAGUUGACCUGGGAUAUGGAGGACAAGUCGCGCAAGGAGGCCCAGGCCCGCGCCUUCCGUGGCAGCCGGAAGGAUAUCGAUGAGAACGAUCUGAAGGCCUAUCUCGCGAGCGACAGCUCGGAUGAUGAGGAGGAGGACGGCGGAGUGGAAGUCAUGGAUGCUACGCAGGGCGAGGGGUCGAGCACAAACAUCUCCAAGAAGGAGGAAGAGAGACAGCGCAUGCGCGCGCUGUUAGGGCUGAGUGCCGAGCCUACUAAAUCCUCCAAGUCCGACGGACCCGUGGGGGAGAUGGAAGUGACUUUCACCUCCGGACUUGCGGGCGAGCCCACCCGCGACAGCAUCUUUGAGAACGAACCUCAGAUUGAGGAGACUACGAUCGAGCGGUACAUUCGCAAGGAACGCGAGAGAAAGAAGCGCAGAAAGGAGAAGCUCAAGGCUACCAAGCAGGGCGGCGAUGGCGACGCGAGUGAUGCGGAGCAGGACGAUGAUGCCAAGCCGACCGCCGAGGAACAGCCCCCGCAGGAAGACCUGGGCUUCGAUGACCCCUUCUUCGAAGACCCUGAUGGAAAGGCUACCGCCGCUGCUCGUCGCAAGGAGGAGAAGCGCAAGAAGCGGGAAGAGCGUGCGGCCGCGGAGGCCGCCGCCGCGGCUAAGCGCGCUGAGCUGGAGCUGCUCAUGGUUGAUGACAACAACAACAAGGGUAUCAAGCACUUUGAUAUGACGGAGAUUGAGAAGGCCGAGAAGCAAGCUCGUAAGAAGGGCAAGAAGGGCAAGAGCAAGGCUAAGCAGGUGGAGCCCGUGGUGGAUGACUUCAAGAUGGAGGUCAAUGAUCCUCGUUUCUCCCGACUCUUUGAGAGCCACGAGUUUGCCAUCGAUCCCACCAACCCCAAGUUCAAGCCCACUUCCGGUAUGAAGGCGCUGCUGGAGGAGGGUCGCAAGCGUCGCCGCGAUCGGGACGACCACGCGGAGGAGGCGCCCAGCAACCAGGAUCGGACAAAGAAGCAGAAGAAACAGGCUUCGAAAGACGCGGGGUCGGAUGAUUUGAAGAAGCUGGUGGACAAGGUGAAGCGUAAGACGCAGCGCUGAUUUGCUUGUUGAAAAGUAUUCGUACUCCGGACUCUGUUGCUUUUUCUCCGGUCAUCGUUGGAUGGAUUGAGGGGUCAAAAUAUACCAUGGAUGGUUUAGCAUGUUGAUUAUUAUUUUUCUUCUUAUUAUUUUCAUUUUCUGACAGUCACGAUAAUUCGAGGACC